CAGCAGCAGCAGCAUACUUCAAAUAAUGGCAGGCGGUAAGGAUAUGCCCUCCUCCUCCGAAGGCGGUGAGAUAUCGAUAAACCGUUUUUCGCAUUUUUCUCCUCAUGAGUAAUUGAGCAUCUGGUGAUUUGCGAAACUUGACGCAUACGACUCAUUUGAUUUCCUAUUCGCAUUUACCUGUGAAUAUACUAUCCUCUGGACUCUGUUCCUCUAAGAUAUUCCGCAUUCGCGACUCGCGUGUCCCGCCACUAAGAUCAAUACCUCAAACCUCUCUACAAUUCCAUUCAUAAUGCCCGCCUCCGUCCACUCCGAAGAACAAGACCAGUCCAUGCUGGACGCCUCCGCGCCCCAGGAAGAGCAGACCGACGUCCUCGAGCUAGACGAGAAGCGUAUUGUUGUUUUGCCCGGCUCGUCCGACACCGCAGCUUCGUUCCAAUUCGAGGGAGAGGGUCACACUCUGGGUAAUGCGCUGCGAUAUGCGAUUAUGAAGAACCCCGAAGUCGAAUUCUGCGGUUACACUAUCCCCCAUCCUUCUGAGACGAAGAUGAAUCUUCGGAUUCAGACCUAUGAAACAACCACCGCCGUCGAAGCCCUCGAAAAAGGUCUCGACACUCUAAUGGACCUCUGUGAUGUCGUUACGGAUAAGUUCACGACUGCCCGGGAUGACUUUAAUGCUGCACAGGCGGAUCGCAUGGAGGCUUAGGCAUAUACCUCUUUUUUAUAUACAUAUUAUAGACUUCUGGGUGGUUUUUGGCUUGUGAUUUGUAUGUGUGUGUUGUGUUAUGUCUUGCUAUUUGAUGGGAUUGAUGGCGUUGUGUGUGUAGAAAAGUUAUACCUUUUCCUUCUUUUUUUAUCUACUUUACUUAUCUUUAUUCUUUGGGGGUGGUUAGGUGGGGUGUAUUGGUUGGUUGGUUGGGUAAGAUGCAUGGGUUUUGAGGGGGAUGGAUGGAGUGAGGGAUACCAUAGCAUCAUCUACUACAGUACUACUAUAUGCUCAUAUAUAUGUGGGUUGGUUAUGU